GGACGACACGCAGUUCGUGCGGUUCGACGGCGACGCCCCAAAUCCGAGGAUGGCGCCGCGGGCGCGGUGGGUGGAGCAGGAGGGGCCGGAGUAUUGGGAACGGGAGACACGGAAUGCGAAGGGCAACGCACAGUGGUACCGAGAGAGCCUGAACAACGUGCGCGGCUACUACAACCAGAGCGAGGCCGGUUUAAUCACGGUGGGGGGCGGGGCGGGGUCAGGGUCUCACACCUUCCAGAGGAUGUCUGGCUGCGACGUGGGGCCGGACGGCCGCCUCCUCCGCGGGUACAUGCAGUUCUCCUACGACGGCAAGGAUUACAUCGCCCUGAACGACGACCUGCGCUCCUGGACCGCGGCGGACGCGGCGGCUCAGAUCACCCAGCGCAAGUGGGAGGCGGCCGGUGAUGUGGCGGAGCAUUUCAGGAACUACCUGGAGGGCACCUGCGUGGAGUGGCUCGGCAGAUACCUGGAGAACGGGAAGGAGACGCUGCAGCGCGCAGACCCUCCAAGGACACAUGUGACACAUCACCCCACCUCUGACCGUAAGGCCACCCUGAGGUGCUGGGCCCUGGGCUUCUACCCCGCGGAGAUCUCACUGACCUGGCAGCGUGAUGGGGAGGACCAGGCCCAGGACACGGAGCUCGUGGAGACCAGGCCUGCAGGGGACGGGACGUUCCAGAAGUGGGCGGCCCUGGUGGUGCCUCCCGGAGAGGAGCAGAGAUACACGUGCCACGUGCAGCACGAGGGGCUUCAGGAGCCCCUCACCCUGAGAUGGGAGCCGCCUCCUCAGCCCACCGUCCCCAUCAUGGGCAUCAUUGUUGGCCUGGUUCUCUUUGUGGUCAUUGGAGCUGUGGUGGCAGGAUUUGUGAUCUGGAGGAAGAGGUGCUCAGGUGAAAAAGGAGGGAGCUAUGCUCAGGCUGCAAGUAAGUAUGGAGUGAGUGUGGAUCUCAGUGGUAUCAAGAGAGAAAUUCUCAGCAUUAUCCAGCUCUGGCCCGAUUCUUCUUUGCAUCUUUCUCCCAUCUUUUUUAAGGAACUAGAUUCUAGAAUUAGUGAAGAAGAGGGACCCAAAAGUUUCCCAUCUUCCUUUAAAUCUUGCUGGAUUUCUGUCUUCUCUGCAGCCACUCCCUCUCUCUGCCCUUAGAUCUAGUAAUCCUAGUGCUGGCUCCAGGCCAAACUGAUGGUUUAUACCACAGAUGUAACAUAGAUUUACAGCAGGUUGGAAUAGGGGACCCAUAUGCGUAGGAUCUUUUUUUCUGAACAUACAAAUAUCACUGUGUGUGCUGUAGGGACAGGUGGCUGUAGGGUGGACAGGAGAUCACCACUUGUGAGAGACAGAAAAAUGGUUUGAGGGACCAAAAUGUUCCAAAAUUUAUUGUGCGUAUGGUCACACCUCUCUGUGAAUAUGCUGUAAUUGAUUCUUUCCAAUGGUUGAAAGAGAUGUCUCAUUUAUAUCUCAAUAAAGCUGUUCUAACAGGAA